GACCCGAGCUGCUAGCAGCCAAUGGGCGCGGUGGAGCGGCUCGAGCGCGGCUGACGCUACACCAAUGGGCGUUCGCGGGGGGCGGGGGCAGCGGAGGAGACACUAUUGUUGAUGAGGAGGAGAGGCGGCGGCGGCUGCACCACCUCGUUGCUGCCGGCCGCGGCCCGGGCGCCCCCUGCUCCCCGGAUUCCGGCUUCGUCACCCCGUCGCAGGGACCUUCCCUUCGGCCUCGAGAAUCCAGCCCCUGCAACCCAACAACAACAACCCCCCCCGUCUCGCCCAGUCACCGGGGAGGGGGGGGACCAUGUCCCAGCGGGUGAGGCGCAAUGGGUCCCCCACGCCGGCCGGCUCCCUCGGGGGCGGUGCGGUCGCCACGGCCGGGGGAGCCGGGAGCCGCCUGCAACCCAUGAGGGCGACGGUUCCGUUCCAGCUGAAGCAGCAGCAGCAACAUGGCAGCCCCACGCGGAGCAACGGCGGCGGCGGCGGCAACAACGGCGGCUGCUGUGGUGGCGCCUCAGGCCCCUCAGGCGGCGGCGGCGGCGGCGGCGGCGGCCCGCGCACCGCCUCGCGCAGCACGAGCCCCACGCGCGGCGGCGGGAGUGCGGCCGCGCGCACCAGCCCCACUGUGGCCACGCAGACGGGCGCGUCCGCGACGUCCACGCGAGGCACCAGCCCCACGCGCGGCGCCGCGCCCGGGGCUCGCGGGAGCCCCCCGCGGCCACAGCCCCCGCCGCCGCUGCUGGGCACCGUGUCGUCGCCUUGCUCGUCGCCCACCCACCUGUGGACUGGCGAGGUGAGCGCGGCCCCACCCCCAGCCCGCGUCCGGCACCGGAGAAGGUCCCCGGAGCAGAGCCGUAGUUCCCCGGAGAGGAGGAGCCCAAGCGCCCCGGUUUGCAAAGCAGGUGACAAAACACGACCACCAUCUUCGAGCCCCUCUAGUAUUAUCCGCCGGACUUCCUCUCUGGAUACACUUGCUGCCCCAUACCUUGCAGGACACUGGCCUCGUGAUAGUCAUGGGCAAGCUGCUCCUUGCAUGAGGGACAAGGCUACCCAGACAGAGAGUGCAUGGGCCGAAGAAUACUCUGAAAAGAAGAAAGGGUCUCACAAGCGUUCAGCAUCGUGGGGCAGUACAGAUCAACUUAAGGAGAUUGCAAAAUUACGCCAGCAAUUGCAGAGAAGUAAACACAGCAGUCGACAUCAUCGAGAUAAAGAAAGACAGUCUCCAUUCCAUGGCAACCAUGCAGCUAUUAACCAGUGUCAGGCUCCUGUUCCAAAGAGUGCACUUAUUCCAGUAAUUCCCAUCACCAAAUCAACAGGUUCCCGGUUCCGGAAUAGUGUGGAAGGAUUGAAUCAGGAGAUUGAAAUAAUCAUUAAAGAGACUGGGGAAAAGGAAGAACAACUUAUACCACAAGAUAUUCCAGAUGGCCAUCGUGCACCACCCCCACUCGUCCAGAGAAGUAGCAGCACACGCAGCAUCGACACGCAGACCCCCGGGGGGGCGGACAGGGGAAGCAACAGUAGCAGCCGCUCUCAGUCUGUGUCCCCCACAUCAUUCCUCACCACCUCAAACGAAGGUAGCGAAGAGAGCCCUUGUUCGGCUGAUGACCUGCUUGUUGAUCCCAGGGAUAAAGAGAAUGGGAACAACUCUCCUUUGCCCAAAUAUGCAACCUCACCAAAACCUAACAACAGUUAUAUGUUCAAAAGGGAACCUCCUGAGGGCUGUGAAAGGGUCAAAGUCUUUGAGGAAUGCUCAUGCUGGCUUGGACUUUUCCAUGAGAAUUCUUAAGACGUGGAAUCAUUUUACUAAGUAAAAAUCACAUGGUCUAAGUGGACCUUUUGGAGUUGAGCUCAUUGAUUUACUCAUUGGUAGUUAAAAUUGCCCAAUGCAGGGAUGCCUGGGUAGUUCAGUCAGUUAAGCACCCGACUCUUGAUUUCAGCUGAGGUCGUGAUCUCUGGGUCUUGGGGUCGAGCCCCGUGUGGGGCUCAUACUCAGCACGGAGUCUGCUUGGGAUUCUCUUCCCCUCUGCCCCCCCGCCCCCUACUCGUGCUCGUGUGCUCACUCUCUCUCUCUGAAUAAAUAAAUAAAAUCUUUAAAAAAAAGAUUGCCCAAAUGCAGAGAAAUCGUUGAUUCGCUCAAAAGCAGUUUGAAUUCCUUUUAUAAAUGACUUCAAGUGAAUAUUUGUUGUGUAGGUUGGUGUCCUGUGGUACCUGCCUUAAACUCUUGCAUUUGGAACAUUUCUCAGGACUUAAUAUCUGAACUAUGUAUAUACUGCUACAUUAUUUGUAUCUAAAGGGAGGGAAAAAUGGAUAGGGGUGUGUGUGUAUAUGGCUGGAUAGCUAGAUCAAAGAAAUAGAAGGUAAACCCUAACAUCUUACAUGGUUUAUGGCAUAUCCAUCUGUUAUUAGAAGAGUACUCUUUUUAAAAUGUACAUAGUUUGGGGCGCCUGGGUGGCUCAGUCGUUAAGUGUCUGCCUUUGGCUCAGGUCAUGAUCCCAGGGUCCUGGGAUCGAGCCCCGCAUCCGGCUCCCUGCUCGGCGGGAAGCCUGCUUCUCCCUCUCCCACUCCCCCUGCUUGUGUUCCCUCUCUCGCUGUGUCUCUCUCUGUCAAAUAAAUAAAUAAAAUCUUUAAAACAAAAAUAAAAUAUACAGUUUGUUAUACAUUAUAUUGAUAUAAAGGAUGUGUAGCAUACAAAAACUUACUCUUUUUUUAAGCAUUUUCAUUACGUUUCAAAAACAAAUGAACAGCAGUAACCCAACAAUGGAUUCCUUAGACGUAAUUUUAACUUUCUGUCAACAAAACAAAUUACUCAAGGUCUAAAAAAAUUAGUCUCUUUUGCCCUACCUCUGUCAAAAUGAGAGCAAAACCCACUGGGCACACUAGCAACAAACACACAUAGAUUAUUGGUCCUAAUUAAAAAUUUUAGGCUUAUUUAAUCAUUCUUCUAGAAUAUUUUUAACUCUUCUGGUCUAAAAGCAGUAACUCUGACCUGCCUGGAGAUUGGAGUGGGGUGAGGGUUGAUCUCUGGUUUCUAGAAAUGCACGUUUAUUUACCUGAAAGAAAAUAGGUGGUUGAAUUAAGACCUAGAAUUUAAACCACAUUUUGUACUUUCAGUCUCUAUAUUCUUUGUGAUACAGUACAUACCAUAGCCCUAUCGUUUCUACUUAGUCCUUUUUAAAAGAAAGUCAAAUAUGCUAUUUCUUCCUCCAAACUAAUAAAUUCCUUGGCCUCAGUUACCUUAGAGUCCUAGAUAUAAUGGCCUCUUUGCAGUAUAGAGGUAUUAGUAAAAAUAUAACAUGACCCUCCUUGUCUCUCUCCCUCCUUUCGAUUAUAAGUAACUUGGACCCACCAUUUUCUUUGCUGAUAAUUUAUGCCUGCAUUAAAAAAAAUACACAAGCCUUUAAAAAAAAGGAAAGAAUUCUUUGCAUCAGUAUCAGAAUACCUAGAAUUACUAUGCAGCCCAUCCAUCAGUUUUUCAGAAAGUUAGCUUGCAAACAGUUAUAUCCGCUUUGAGACACAGUCCUUUUGGAAUAAUUUCUUAAGGAAAAAUGAAAAUUUUAAAUUAGUUCUAAGAUUUUUUUUUUUCUAUUUAUGGUUAUUAAGUUGAAGAAAGCUUUAAAGUAGUAUUAGUACUUGCAGCUUCGAUUACCAUAGGUAUAUACCGGUUUUCCACUCCAGUGGUGGUUAAUAUGUUUCUUGGGUAGUAUGCGUCUAGAAAAAUGUUAGGGAUCAGGAGUGAUUCCUCUUGCUAGGUUGGGGUGGCCACUGGAAGAGGGGACAUUAAGGAAGGUUUUUUGUUUUUGGGGAGGUUUUUUUUGGGGGGAGGUUGGUGCUUUUUACUGUUACUGUUUUGUUUGGUCUUGGUGCUAGUUAUUACUGUUUAUAUUAUUUUGUGUGAGAUCUAUUUUAAUGAAAGCAGUAAGGAAAUUAAGUAAUUUUUAACAAGAUAACCCCCCCCAAAAUUAAUUAAGGAGGAUUGGCCUUUUUUCCCUAAAAAUGAAAGUUAUUUCUAAUAAUUGUACCUUCAGAAGAAAAUUCAAGCAUUUUUUUAAUUAUAGAAACCUAACCUCGACCUCCUAUCUUCUUUAAGGAAUUGAAAACCAUACUCCCAUACAGUAAAAAUAGAGGAGUGUGUGCCCUUCUUAUCACUAAUCUAUCCAAAUACACUUGUGGUCCUAAAAGUACUUGAUGUUGGAACAGUGCACAAGUAAAACAUCAGUUAAAUGAUUUCUUUGUUCUUAAAUUAUUGUAUUUGUCAAAGCUGUCCUUGGGUAGUAUUCACUAUUAAUAAAAUCUGCCCACCAAAAACAUGGUCUACUUGGAGCUUUUUUGGGGGGGGGGCAACCAUUCCCAUUCCCCAGGUCUGUUGUUUAUUCAUUUCUUUUUUAUUUUAAGAUUUUAUUUAUUCAUUUGUUAGCACAAGCAGGGGGAUUGGCAGGCAGAGGGAGAAGCAGACUCUCCACUGAGCAAGGAGCUCCAUGUGGGACUCACUCCCAGGACCCUGGGAUCACCACCUGGGCCAAAGACAGAUGCUUAACCGACUGAGCCUCCCAGGUGCCCCUGUUUAUUAAUUUUUUACAACCCAGCUCAGAUGUUACUUCCCUUGUAAGCCUUCUUGCUACCAAAUUCUCCCUCUUCCUCUGUGCCACAGAUUAUCCACUCCCCUGUGCUAUUUUUAAACCUUUUACAAGACAUUUUUAUCACAUCUGUCAGACCCUUUAUAGGCGUUCUUGACCUUUUUUUGUGCUGUGGGCACCUUUGGCAGUAUGACAAAGAUUAGAGAUGCUUGAAGUAAUUCAUAACUUCUCUGAAUAAUGUUUUAAAUGCAGAAAACAUGUAAGAUUACAAAUGGGAUUAAUUAUAUUGAAAUACAGUUCUAUUCUCAGUAUCUCCCUCCCCCCAAGAACUACAUAUUUAAUCUGUCUCCUUGUAAAUUGUUUCAUUUUUGGGUCCCCAGAAUCUAUCUAGUGCAGACUUGGCACACUUGAAUUUUAAUUUUUUAAAUUUCAUUAGGAGACAUGAGAACCAUGCUUUUAUCAUAUGAUCAAAUUACCUUUUCCUACCUGAAUCUUGAUUUACUUAGGUUCUCCCACCUUAAUUUCUUUUUAAUUUUGUGGCACUUCCAUGUUACUUUAACAAUUUAAUUUUUUAAUAUCUUUAUUUUCAUAGAAUACCAUUAAUACUAGUAUCCAUUUCCAAACAUUUGGGUUAGUUUUCAGGAGUACCUGGGGAUAGGAAGGGACAGUGAUUAGUUUUAUUUUGAUUUUAUGUUUCCAUUAUGUUUCUCAGAAAACCAUCAUGGUUAACUCAAAAAAUUUCUUUCAGUCAGAGAUUUUUAAGCACACUUGAAGAAAAAACUCAUGCCUGCCAAAGUUUAGUCAUGCACUGGUGGAAUUUAGCAAAGAUGGAUAUUGUAUGUCAUUCCUUUCAAGAUAGUACAGGCUUUGGAAAAAUUGUAGUAGUGGAACAUAUUUUUGUCUUUAAACAGCUAGAAUUUCUUUUGCUUUAGGAAAUUCUUUAUUUAAUGGUUGUCUUAGAUCUUCACUGAGAUGCGGUGGUCAUCAGCCUGAGUCCCCUGUGUGGUGUACCGGGCUCUCCAGGGAAUUGAAAGCGGCAAAGAUGAGUGAUGUCCUUUCGGCAUUCUAAGAUACAUAUUUUGAAUCAUGUGUCUCCUUCCACUUUGGCCCAUAGCAUUUGAAGCUUUUGAUAUAAUUUGAGUUUUGUAUUUGAGUUUUGUAUUCAUGUAUCUAUAACUUACCUGUUUAGAAAAAAAAUAAUAAAAGAACUUACUUCGGUGAUCUGUGACUUAAAACUACUGGGUUGUCUGUUCUGUGCCUAGGCCAAAACAACUCCAUGAAAUCCCAGCCUUUUA